UGGACAACUGUGCUGCUCACGAUGAAUGAUUUUUCAAAAAAAGUGCCGCCAUUGGAAAAUCUUUUCUCAUAUAACUUCGAAACUUGCCUUUGAUUUCCUACACCCGGCCAGAUAUCCCAUCGUUUUAAAGCUGUGUGGUUAGUGACCCUCAACAGGAAGGGCCAAUGAAGCUUCUUCGACGCAGAACUCAAAAAGAGAAUCAAAGGCUCCGGCGAACCCUAUCUCUGAGCCAGAGGGCUGGGUUUAAGACCCACCUACUAAUAGAGGUCUGUAGUACCAUCUCUGAACGGGUUGAUAGGAAAAUAUCAGAACAGAAGAGAGAUCUUGGAGCACCCCCAUGAAACUGACUUCUGUGUGAGGUGCAGGCGACGAAAUUCAUAAAUAUUCGUAUUAUCAAUGCAUUACUAGAGGAAAACUACAAAAAUAUCAAUAAAUAAGGUUGCAGAGAUGUGACAGCUGUCCCUUUGGUGGUCUGCACUUCUGUGGGAGGCUUGGCCAGGAGCCCCGAGGACUAUGACAUUUUGAUUAUUCAGUGACCCGACAUGGUGAUUUGCCAGUGCCAAGACCCCUCAUCUCUAUCCACUGCAACAGCCAGGUCGUUCAGUUUAAAACACUGAGACAGAAAUAUUAGAAAACAUGAACGUGAAGGAGACAAGUGGAAUGUAAUCUGUUGCUUGGCAAACAGCAUCUCUUUAAACCCCCUUUUCUGUUAUUGAUUUACGGACCAAUAUUAGAUGCAAUCGAACAAAACCCUCAUUGACAGAAAAUUGGAUUUUACUCUUAAUCAGUGCAAAGAUCAACUCUCCUUCUGUGUGACUGAAUUAGAUUGUGAACCAAGGAAGCACUCUUUUCUCCAUUUUCUUUCUUGUAACCAGCACCUUUUUAAAGACUAGCAGCAGUGUAUGUGAUGGCCUUAGAGGAUAAACGAGACAAAAGCAUGUCUUUCACACAGAUGGUAAUCGAAGAGGACUCCAUGAGGAAUGGACGGGGUCUGUCAGAUCAAUGGGCUGACUCUGUGAUGGUACGACCAAGGACCACUGAAAGACACAUCACGGUGCACAGGAGGCUUGUGCUGGGCUUUGCCAUUUCUAUCUUGGGUCUCAUCAUAGUCACAAUUAUAGCUGUGCUUCUGAGUGUCAAGUUUGAUGAGUGUUCUAAUGAUGGAGGCAACAGGUUAGGGAAUGCCACUGUGUAUAGCGGGGUCAAGUUCAACCAGACUCGAGAGGUCCUCAGUAAUCCCAAUCCUAGUAAAACUGCUGGAAAGCCAUGGACACAGCUGAGACUGCCCACUUCAAUAAAACCCUAUCAUUAUGAUCUGAACAUAACUGCUUUCAUGGACAACUUUACUUUCACUGGAGAAGUCUGCAUUUGGAUGUACUGUGUAAAACCUACAAAACACAUUGUGCUGCAUGCAGACAAGCUGCCAGUUGAAGGGGUGGAGGUCACUGUUGCAAACACCUCUGACUAUCUUGGAAUUAGAAAAUAUUUCCUAUAUCCACAGAACCAAGUUUUAGUGAUUAUGUUGACCAGGGAGCUGAAAGCACAGAAACACUACACCGCAAAAAUAAAAUACAGCGCCAAAAUAGCAGAUGAACUACUUGGCUUCUUUCGGAGCUCCUAUGUGGCAAAUGGAGAGAGAAGCUACCUUGCGGUGACACAGUUUUCUCCGACGCAUGCCCGUAAGACUUUUCCAUGUUUGGAUGAACCAGUAUACAAAGCCACAUUUAAAAUCACCAUCAAACACCAAGAGCCUUACUUGGCACUAUCUAACAUGCCAGUCGAUGCCGUAAUACGUGAGGAGGAUGGAUGGAUCAUAGAACAGUUUUCACCAACACCUCGAAUGUCCACGUACUAUCUGGCCUGGGCAAUUUGCAACUUCACCUAUAAGGAGACAGUUACUGAAAGUGACAUUACUGUGAGACUAUAUGCCAGGCCGGAUGCUAUUCAAAGAGGAUCUGGAGACUAUGCUUUAAAUAUAACAAAGCGGCUGCUGGAAUUUUAUGAAGAUUACUUUAAUGUCAGCUAUUCUCUACCAAAGUUAGAUCUGUUAGCGGUACCGAAAUAUCCAUAUGCUGCCAUGGAAAACUGGGGACUGAGUGUGUUUGUAGAACAAAGGUUAUUACUAGAUCCUGGAGUUUCAUCCAUUCCCUACUUACUGGAUGUUACCAUGGUUGUGGUACAUGAAAUCUGCCAUCAGUGGUUCGGUGACCUUGUGACUCCAAUUUGGUGGGAAGAUGUGUGGUUAAAGGAAGGAUUUGCUCACUAUUUUGAAUAUGUUGGCACCGAUUUCCUUUACCCAGACUUCAACAUGGAGAAACAGCGAUUUCUGACAGAUGACCUUCACGCAGUGAUGCUACUUGAUGGCCUGGCAAGCUCUCACCCAAUAUCCCAGGAGGUCCUGCAAGCCACAGAUAUUGAUAGAGUUUUUGACUGGAUCGCUUACAAGAAGGGUGCUGCACUGAUUCGAAUGGUAGCUAACUUUAUGGGACAGCAUGUAUUUCAAAUAGGAUUACAGGACUUUCUGAUGGAACACAUGUAUGGUAAUGCAGGAAGAAAUGACCUUUGGAACAAACUUACAGAGACAAUGCAGAAAAUUGGGGAAACCAUAAACAUCAGAGAAGUUAUGGACCAUUGGACAUUACAGAUGGGGUACCCGGUUGUCACCAUUGGUAGGAAUGAGAGCAAUGGUGAUACUUUAACAAUCAGCCAAGAACAUUUCAUCUAUGAUCUCACUGCAAAAUCUGCCAAUCCAGCUUUUUCAAAUAACAGCUAUUUAUGGGAGAUACCACUAACUGUUGCUGUAGGAAAUUUAAGCCAUAUUUUAUCAGAAACAAUGAUAUGGAUUAAUAACAAAACAGAACAUCACAGAAUCAGCUUCUUGGAUAGCAAUAGUUGGCUUGUCGGAAAUCUUAAUCAAUCUGGCUACUUUCGGGUUAACUAUGAUUUGAAGAAUUGGAAGUUGUUAAUUGACCAGCUGAUGACCAAUCCUGAGGUGAUCUCUGUUGGCAACCGAGCAGGUCUGAUUGAUGAUGCUUUUAAUCUAGCCAGAGCUGGCUAUUUACCACAGAAUAUUCCCCUGGAGAUUAUACGGUACCUUUAUAAGGAAAAAGAGUUCCUUCCAUGGCACGCUGCAAGUAAUGUGCUACUUCACCUGGACAAGUUGGUGGAUCGGAAUAAGGAGUACAACAUUUUUAGUCAAUAUGUCCUGCAGCAAGUUGCUCCAGCAUACAAUUUAUUGGGAUGGCCAGAGGACGCAGUGAAUAGUACUGUCGUUCAAGCAUCAUACCAGACUGAAGAGCUACGUCGGAAGGUCAUUAUCUUGGCUUGUAAGUUUGGCAUUGCCCUCUGCCAUGAGAAAGCUGUGUCGCUUCUUUCAGAAUGGAUGACAAGUGAUCAUAACAGAAUACCACCAAAUGUUAGAGACAUUGCCUAUUGCACAGGGAUUUCCCUCAUGGAUGACAAUGUCUGGGAUUUCAUCUGGACCAAAUACCAAUCUUCAACCGCUGUUUCAGAGAAGAAAAUUUUACUGGAAGCUUUAGCGUGCAGCAAAAAUACUAUUUUGUUGAACAGGCUUCUGAAUCUGUCAUUAAACUCUCAGACGGUUCCAGACCAGACUACCAUAGAUGUUAUCAUUCAUGUGGCAAAAUAUCCAAAUGGACGCGAUUUAGCCUGGAAAUUUUUCCAGGAUAAAUGGAGUGUUUUUAAAUCAAGAUAUGGAGAAGCUUUGUUUAUGAACUCCAAGCUAAUUAAAGGUGUGACCGAGUUUCUCAGUACUGAAGCUGAACUGAAAGAGCUGAAGGAGUUUAUAAAGAAUGUCAGAGCGGGAGCAGAUGCCUCAUUCACACAAGCCGUAGAAAUUGUGGAAGCAAAUGUUCGAUGGCAUGGCCUCUUUGAAGACGAGCUGUUUCAGUGGCUCAGGAAAUCCCUGAGCAGUUAGUUUGUGACACUUUUCAAUAUUUAUAGCAUGAAGUACUUUGAUGCAUUUGUAUUAUUUAAAUCAAAAAUUCUCUCUACUUUUAUGAGAAAGGAAAAGAAGAAAUGCAGUGCAGAUUUUUGCAUUGGUUAUAUCACUCCUUCCUGCUGGGAGGACUUUGAAAAGAAGAUCUGCUAUUAAAUUUGGAAAUGGCUAUGUGGGACAAAGAAUGUUUUUACAACUAGUGCAUGUUAUUAACACUAUGUGAAGAAAGGAAUGAUUUGAAAUGUAUUUUCUGCAUGAAUAUUUUGUCCCUUCUGCAUUCUAGCAUGCUAGCUUUCAAAAUUUCCAAUUUUGUGUUUUUGCAAUGUUCUUGUACGGAAACAAAAUGGUGUGAUCUUAUGCAAAUGUUUUAAAGCACAAUGACUCUUAUGGACAAUCAAUGUGGAAAAUUGGACAUGGGAAUCAGUUUUUGCAACCUACUGAUAUACAUGUGUGCUUAAAACGAUGAUAAUUGGAAGUUAAACCCAAUUUUUACCUUUUUUCAAUAAAAAAAGUACAGCUUGACAAGUGUUUCCACAGGAUACUGACAGAGGUAAAAAGCUAAUGUUAAUUUAGCCCUUUUCAUGUUAUUGAUAUCGUAGAUUUUCUAAAUGAAAACCUAUAGCUGAUGUAUUUUAAACAAAAAUUAUGGCAUUUUAAGUCUGAUAAAAUUUUGUACAGU